AUGGCGAUUGUGGAAAAAUGGAUUUUGGCAGUUUUCAUAAGCACAAUCUGUUUAAAGGGAGCUUCUAUUCAUACCUCCAAAAAUGGAGGAGUCUAUCAAUAUUUUCAACUUGUACAACAAUGGCCACCAAACCGUUGCCUUGGUAAACAGAAACCUUGCUUUAAAGUCCCUCAAGUGUUCACCAUCCAUGGCCUAUGGCCAAGUAAUCAUACAAACAAUAAUCUUCAGCAUUCUUGCAAAGGGAGCACAUUUCCAUCGGGUGCGAUAAACGGAAAUCAAACACUCCUAACCCAAUUGAUGCAAGCUUGGCCGAAUGUGGAAACUGGGAACGAUGAGUGGUUUUGGAAAUCGGAGUGGUACAAUCACGGUACAUGUUCGGAGCAGACUUAUACCUCACUUGAGUACUUCAGGCGAUCCCUUGAAAUUCAUAAAUCAUUUAACAUCACUGAUAUAUUAGUAAAAGGUGGCGUCAUAUCAGGGGCACAAUACCAAAUAGACUGGAACUCUACAGAUGUAGAGUCAAUGAUACAAGCGAAAACUAAGUUCCUACCUUUACUGCGUUGUAGAAAUGAAUAUUUGCUGCUAAAAGGUGGAAACCAGAUACGGGGUCCGUUGCUUUUUGAGAUAUCACUUUGCUAUGACUACAAAGGAAUAGAUAUGAUCAACUGUACCAGCGCAUAUGGAGUGUGCCCACAAAAAUUAUAUUUUUAA